AUGGAUGAAAAUGGCAAUGCAUCCCUACACAAAGGCAUCACAACCAGACACAAAGCNGACCUGACGUCUAUCAGCCUCAGCCUGGCCGGACACAGGGACGAUACUUCCUCUUCAUCACAUGACCCUCCAUCACUUCCUCAUAUGCAGACUCCAUCAGUACAACCACUAGCUGCUUCUCAGACAACCAAAACACACAUCCUGCCUCCUCCCCCACCUCCUCCACCUCCAUCCUCCACUCCAGGCUUUGCUCCCCCACCUCCUCCACCUCCUCCCUUCACUCCAGGCUUUGCUCCCCCACCUCCUCCACCUCCUCCCUCCACUCCAGGCUUUGCUCCCCCACCUCCUCCACCUCCUCCCUUCACUCCAGGCUUCGCUCCCCCACCACCUCCUCCUCCAGCUGGGGGUUUUAUUGUUGAAAAACCUCCAAGGAAGCAGACAGUGGAGCCGUCCCGACCCAUGAAGCCUCUCUACUGGACCAGAAUCCAUAUCCAGCACAACAAGAACACACUGUGGAACAUUCUAGAGGAACCAAAUAUAAUAAAUGCCGGCCAGUUUGAGGAUCUUUUUGCCAAAACAAUCACACACUCCAAGAAGAAGCCGCUGUCCGAGUCUUAUGAGAAGAAAGCCAAAGCCAGGAAGAUCAUUAAGCUGUUGGAAGGGAAGCGCUCUCAGGCCGUGGGCAUCCUCAUAUCGAGCCUCCACCUGGAGAUGAAAGACAUCCAACAAGCGGUGCUGGCAGUAGAUCACUCUGUGGUGGACUUGGAGACCAUUGAAGCCCUUUAUGAAAAUAGAGCGCAGCCAGAAGAGCUGGAGAGGAUCAGGAAGCAUUACGAGACGUCCGAGGAAGAGGAAGUGAAACUGCUGGACAAACCUGAACAGUUCCUGUAUGAGCUGUCUCAGAUCCCAGACUUUGCAGGCAGAGCUCACUGCAUCAUCUUCCAGGCGGCCUUCAUCGAUGGGACCGCUUCCAUCCAGAGCAAGCUCAACACAGUUUCAUCUGUCUGUAAGGCUCUGCUGGAGGGUGAAGGUGUGAUGGAUGUGAUGGGACUGGUGUUGGCUCUGGGGACCAGAGCCAACACCAGUCCCAUCACAUCCAUCACACCUUCACCCUCCAAAUACCCCCAUCAACAGUGCAAUCACUUGUCUGCUGCUAUCCAGCUGACUGCCAAGAAUAAGUUUGCUCUCCAUGUUAUAGUGCGGCAUCGUCAAUCCAACGCAGCGGGGACUGAGUAG